AAGAUACCUGCCAUCCAGAUUUGCAUCGUAGCCUACCUUCGCAUUCAACCCAGCGCACGCAAAGCUCACCCUUCCACAGCUACCCUACCAUCCCGGUCACCUCUGCUCCGCCCGCGGCCGCACAACAGCCCGCCGACAGGACGCCCUCUCCUCCGCCGCCACCUCCCAUCUCUUCCCCGCUCAGCGCCGCCGCCGCUCCUCCUACCAAGAUCUCAACUCCAAUCCCGGAGGAGGAACUGCCGCCGCCUCCCCUGCUAUGCUGCGUCGUUUCUAAGCGUUUCGAGAACCCCGGCCGUGGCGGUGGCCGCGGCUGAGACGGUAGGGGGCAGUGAGGGGUGCAUGAGGAGGAGGGGCGGGGACGACUGCGGGCUCGCGAGCCGGAGCAGGAGCAGAUGGGGCAAGUGCGGCUGCACUGCGCCUGAGCGAGAGAGAUCAAGGGGCCGGUCUGGUGGGUUUUCUUGAGGAAAGGGUGGAUCGAUGGAAAGAGAGAGAGAAAGAAAGAUUGGAUCUUGGGAGACUUCCUCUGGUGGCGCCAAGAUGCAGAACAGCGACUGGCGUAAGAAGGUAUGCGGACCGGACAAACAUUGUGAAAUGGAGAAUGUGAGAGAAAUGGAUUUCUUUGCUGAAUAUGGCGAUGCUAAUAGGUAUGAAAUUUUGGAGGUCAUCGGCAAAGGAAGUUAUGGACUUGUAUGUUCAGCAAAUGAUACACAAACUGGAGAGAAGGUUGCAAUAAAGAAGAUACACAACAUUUUUGAGCAUAUAUCAGAUGCUGCACGCAUACUCCGUGAAAUAAAGCUUCUGAGGCUUCUUAGGCACCCUGACAUAGUGGAGAUAAAGCAUAUAAUGCUACCCCCAUCCAAAAAGGAUUUUAAAGAUAUAUAUGUGGUAUUUGAACUUAUGGAGUCAGAUCUUCAUCAGGUCAUAAAGGCCAAUGAUGAUUUGACAAGGGAGCAUUAUCAGUUUUUCCUGUACCAGAUGCUUCGGGCUUUGAAAUAUAUUCACACAGCAAAUGUCUAUCACCGAGAUCUAAAGCCAAAAAAUAUACUUGCUAAUGCAAAUUGCAAACUCAAAAUAUGCGACUUCGGCUUGGCAAGAGUUUCAUUUAAUGAUGCACCCACUACCAUCUUCUGGACCGAUUACGUGGCAACAAGGUGGUAUAGAGCGCCUGAACUGUGUGGAUCAUUCUACUCCAAGUAUACACCAGCUAUUGAUAUUUGGAGUAUUGGGUGCAUUUUUGCGGAGGUGUUGAUUGGAAAGCCUUUAUUUCCUGGAAAAAAUGUCGUUCACCAGUUGGAUCUAAUAACUGAUCUUCUGGGGACACCAUCAUUAGAUGCUAUUUCUAAGGUGCGGAAUGACAAGGCAAGAAAAUACCUGACAUGCAUGCGGAAGAAACAGCCUGCAUCGUUCUCGCAGAAAUUUCCGAAGGCUGAUCCAUUAGCUUUACAAUUGCUUAGGAGGCUUCUAGCUUUUGAUCCAAAGGAUCGCCCAUCUGCUGAAGAGGCAUUGAUAGAUCCAUACUUCAACGGAUUAGCAAAGGUAGAGAGAGAACCUUCUUGUCAACCAAUUUCAAAAAUGGAAUUCGAAUUUGAGCGCCGUAGAGUAACAAAGGAGGACAUCAAGGAACUGAUUUUUCAAGAAAUUUUGGAGUACCACCCUCAACUACUGAAGGAGUACACCAGUGGGACACAAAGGCCAAACUUUCUUCACUUAAGUGCUACAGAGCAAUUUAGGGAACAAUUUUCCCAACUUGAGGAAAACGGCAACAGAAGUGGAUUAGUAGCACCAGUACAGAGGAAACAUGCUUCUGUGCCAAGGUCAACAGUAGUGCACUCUGCUUCUAUUCCUUCAAAGGAUCAUAGACUUUUGGUGUCAUCUAGUACAAAGCAUGUGGUAGAUGGAUCUUGGAAUGCACAAAUUCAUGGAGUACACGAAAGUAUUGCUGGCAAGCCUUCAACUACCAUUAGGCCUCUAAUGUCCUGUGACAGUCUAAAUUCACAGGAUUUGAAUGAUCCUAGGAGCUCAUCACGCACACUUCCAUGGCAACCAGCUAUCCUCCAUUUUCCAAAUCAUGCACUGAGUUUUCAGAAGCCAGUAUUUAGGGGGUCACUACUUGAUGCAACAGGACGAGACCAAUAUAUGCCUGGAACUAUUCCAAGUGUAGACUCCAGACCGGGGCACUUGUACUUGUAUCUGCAUCAGUCUGUUACUGCUGAUGUAGUACGAAGUGACAGAACCACUGCACAAGCAGUCUCUGAUUCUCAUGGAACAGUCCCAACCGUACCUUACAGCACGCUAGGGGUGUAGGGCCAUGGCCAUUAUUCUGUUUAAUCAUGGAAAUCUGACUUUUGUAUCUGCCACUGAGCAAAGGGUGAACAUCAAUGUGCAACCGAACCUUACGAAUCUAUGAAACAUCCGAUCUAUAUCUUAUUCCUAUGGUACUCAAACCAUGAAGCUCUGGUCACUCUUGAGUAAUCUUAUCUUUUCCUACAGAAAAUCUUUCAGGUGUCAAGGCCAUCAAGACCUGUAUACCAUUGUUGUCCUGUGUUCCUUAGUUGCUUGGGAUAAAGAAGUUUGACAUCAGGUAUAUGUUUUAUUUAGCAAUGUGCUAGCCGAAGGAACAUUCAGAUUCAUCCUCUUUGAUGGGUGUGCAAGGUGAAACGCUAACGAACGCAAGCUUGUGGUGAGCAACAGCAUAAGGGAAUGGUUUUCUGCUGAGGUUGACCUAGCCUGAUAUGAUCUUCAAUCCUGUGAAUAACGCCUCGUCAAAAUGACUUUGUUUUCUGACAGUUGUUUGCCAUGUAUUGGAAUUGGAAUGGUUCCGCUGAAUUAGAUGUCAGAAUGCAGGCGUGGUACAGUAAUUCGCUGACAGUCAGAUCAAAACCUAAUGUUCUGCACCAGAGCCCUGAAGUGCUUAUCAAUGUUGAAAAGACUAGGUAUGAUCAUAUUUUCAUUUUUGUUCCAGUGCUUGUGAGAUGAAUGCAUGGAAAUGUAAUUUUGACACGCAAACCAAUGUUAGAAAGACCCUUAUUCAGUAA